AUGCUUAGAUCAUGGCUUCUCCAGGCUAUGACCCCGGAUAUUAGUCUUGGCUAUAUGCGUCUCGACUCUGCUCAUGCUAUAUGGGAUGCGGUUUCUCAAACCUAUUCUGAGGGAGGUUGUGAUGCCCAGAUUUAUGAAUUGAAAUGUCGGAUCCAAGCCACUACUCAGCAAGGUAAGAUGUUGGAGACAUAUUUUAAUUCACUCCAGGCUUUAUGGCAGGAACUUGAUUAUUAUCAGCCGUGCGACAUGAAGUGCUCUAACGAUACUGCUGCGUUGAAAAAACGGAUCGAGAAGGAAUGUACUUUUGAGUUCUUGGCUGGUCUUAAUCCGGAUUUGGAUCAAGUGAGAACACAGGUGCUUGGAAAGGAUCCUUUUCCCUCUUUGCGUGAAGCCUAUGCAUAUGUGCGUGCGCAAGCUCUCCGUCGAUCUGCUAUGGUUAUACCACCCUCUUUAGAAGGGUCUGCCUUGAUUUCUACAGCAAACCAUUCGGUUUGGGCGCCACCGGUACAUCAAUCUAGUUCUUCAGCUGCUGUCUCAUCUGGUAAUGUUGCUAAGAGUUCGAAAUCUGAUGAUAAGGAUGCUUUGAAAUGUGAUUAUUGUCAUCAGACCAAGCAUGUGAGAGAGCAAUGUUUCAAGCUCAAUGGUUAUCCACCUUGGUGGCCUGGCAAGAAGGGUGAAAAAGCUGAAGGCAGCAAGGGAGGAGGUGGAAAAGGGGGCCGUUCCAGCUCCAGAGCCUAUCACACAUCUUCUAGUGAUCAGAAUGACCAAACUACCUCUCAACUCUCUUCUGCUCAAAUGGAAAAAAUCGUUCAAGAGUGUGCUCGCUUGCUCUCUGAUAAAGGAUCUAAAGGGGCUUCCGGUUCCUUAGCCACCUCCUCAGGUAACUUUGGUUGUUGUCUUAGUGCAUCUGGUAAGUCUUUCUCAGACUCUUGGAUUAUAGAUACAGGGGCAACUGAUCACAUGACCUCUAAACUUGAUUUCUUCUCUCGUUAUUCAUCCCCUAGUAAGACUUGUGUUACCACUGCCGAUGGUUCACCCACUCUUGUGGUUGGUGAAGGCUCUGAUCAACGGACCGGGGCAACGAUUGGUCGUGGUAGUGAGAAAGGGGGGCUUUAUCUCUUGGAUGACCCAGCUGGCUAUACUAGUUCUCCCACAGUUCAUGCUCUUCAGUCCGCUACUGACUCAUCCAGGGACAUUUGGUUAUGGCACAAACGAUUGGGACACCCAUCAUUUAUCUAUUUACAAAAAUUGUUUCCUUCUUUAUUGUCUUCGGUUGAUCUUUCUCAAUUUAAGUGUGAAAUAUGCGAACUUGCUAAGCACCACCGUGUUUCUUAUCCAUUAAGUAUUAAUAAAAGUUCUGCACCUUUUGCUCUUGUCCAUAGUGAUGUUUGGGGUCCUUCUCGUGUGUCAAAUUUAUCCAAUUCCAAAUGGUUUGUCACAUUCAUUGACGAUUAUUCCCGACUUACUUGGGUUUAUUUGAUGACUGACAAAAGUGAGGUUUUCUCUAUUUUUCAGUCCUUUCACCAAAUGAUCCAUACACAAUACAAUUCUAAGAUUAAAGUCUUCCGCUCAGAUAAUGGGGGUGAGUACAUCAAUUCUGGUCUCAAAACCUAUUUUUCGGAUCAUGGCAUUAUUUAUCAAAGAUCUUGCAGCUAUACCCCUCAGCAGAAUGGAGUAGCUGAACGGAAAAAUCGCCAUCUUCUAGAAGUUGCUCGUUCCCUUCUUCUUUCCAUGUCUGUACCAAAGUCUUAUUGGGGGGAGGCUGUUCUUACAGCUGCUUAUUUGAUCAAUAGGAUGCCUUCUCAAGUUCUCAAAUUUCAAACUCCCCUUCAGGUGUUCACUGCUGCAUGUUCUCCUUCUACUGUUAAUCAUCUUCCUCCUCGAGUGUUUGGUUGCAUUAGUUUUGUGCAUCUUCAUCAUAGUGGUAAGCUUGACCCUCAUUCCCUCAAAUGUAUUUUUCUUGGCUACUCUGCCACUCAAAAAGGGUACAAAUGUUAUCAUCCUCCGUCCAAAAAAUUCUUUGUUACUAGAGAUGUUACUUUUCAUGAGGAACAUGCUUAUUUCUCUCAUCUUAGUUCUAAGACUUCUCUUCAGGGGGAGAAUAUAAGUAGUGAAGAUAAGUCUUAUGGUGUGCCAAUGUUUGAGUUGGAAAAAAUUGAACAAAAUGAAAGUGAAAAAAAUGAUACUGGAAGAGAAGGCAAUUCCUUGACUCUCCCACCUGUUGGUCAUCGUAUGUCACCAUAUGAUUUGGUGUAUACAAAAAGAGAUAAGGUGCCCUUUCAGAGAAAUGAUCAAUCUGCUGCCCCGGUGACAGGUAAUUCAGAGGUAGAGUUUGUUGAACCUUCUUGUUCUUUACUUGAAAAUAACCCUAUAAACUCUGUUCCUUCAAUUGAUAAUGAAUUACCUAUUGCCUUAAGGAGACCACUUCGUUCUUGCCCAUCAAAGUACAAAUAUCCUAUCUCAAAUUUCAUGUCUUCUCAUCGUCUCUCCCCAUGUCUUAAAUCAUUUGCCUAUCAGUUGUCUUCUGUAUCUGUUCCUCAAACAUUGCAGGAUGCACUGGACAAUCCAAAGUGGAAGGAGGCGAUGGAUGAGGAAUUGAGAGCUCUACGAAAAAACUCUACUUGGGAGUUGGUGGAGUUGCCAAGGGGGAAGAAGGUUGUUGGUUGCAAAUGGGUGUUCACAAUAAACAUAAGGCAGAUGGCUCUGUUGACAGAUACAAGGCAAGGUUGGUGGCAAAAGGCAGCUAACUUGGGGUGGACUCUUCAACAAUUUGAUGUGAAGAAUGCUUUCCUCCAUGGAGACUUAGAGGAGGAAGUAUACAUGGACAUGCCUCCAGGUAUAGAUGAGACCUCUCAAGGAAAAGUAUGCAGAUUAAGAAAAUCAUUGUAUGGCCUGAAACAGUCUCCUAGGGCAUGGUUUGGUAGAUUCUCUCAAGCUAUGAAAAAGUAUGGAUAUCGUCCUAGUCAAGCAGAUCAUACAUUGUUCCUACGACAUUCUCGGGAUGGUAGGAUUACUAUUGUUAUUGUUUAUGUAGAUGAUAUCAUUAUGACAGGGGACGAUAUAGAGGAGAUCAGUAAGCUGAAAAUACAAUUGGCCAAGGAAUUUGAUAUCAAAGACUUGGGGACACUACGAUAUUUUUUAGGCAUUGAAGUGGCACAUUCAAAAGAAGGAAUCUUUAUCUCACAAAGAAAAUAUGUACUUGAUCUUCUGACUGAAACUGGAAUGUUAGCAUGCAAGCCUGCGGACACUCCAAUUGAACAAAAUCAUAGAUUGGGAGAGCAAACUGAUGAUACACCUGUUGAUAGGGGGAGAUAUCAAAGAUUGGUAGGGAAGUUGAUAUAUUUGGCUCAUACAAGACCAGAUAUAGCUUAUGCAGUAAGUGUCGUCAGUCAAUUCAUGCACGAGCCACGUGAGGUCCACAUGCAGGCAGUUGAAAGGAUACUUAGAUACUUGAAAUCAGCACCUGGUAAAGGCCUUUUAUUUUCAAAGCAUGAUAACUUUGCUAUAGAGGCUUAUACAGAUGCAGAUUGGGCUGGUUCAGUUUCAGACCGGAGAUCAACCACGGGAUAUUGCACGUUUGUGGGUGGCAAUCUAGUCACUUGGCGUAGUAAAAAGCAAUCAGUUGUUGCUAGAUCUAGUGCUGAGGCUGAGUUCAGGGCUAUGGCCCAUGGCAUCGGAGGGCCUUUGGCCAACACCCCCCGGGUGUGGUCCUCUUAUUGGUUCUAUUUUGCAGGGAGAAGAAGGCGGCGAAGAAGAAAGGGGAAUCUUUCCAAUCGAAUAUUCUCGUGGGGAAAUUUGUACACUCAAAUUGGUGCUUUCAUUGAGAGCACGAGUUAUACUCAACGCGUGCUCAAGGAAUCCGUUCCUCCUAUUUUCCAAUCCACCGAAGCCUUCCAAACAACCAUGGUUGGAAGCAUGAAGACGAGAGGCAAAACUGCCGCGAUGGCUAAAUCCGCGACGGCCCAAAGCCACUCCACCCACGGUCCCGCAAUUGACAUGGUGGCACCACCACCUUUCCUAACCGCACGGCCACCGUUGCGAACAUGGUGGAACCUCCUAUCAAGGUGGGCUUGUUACCACCGCCGACUUAGGCCCGGUCUUGGAGCAACUUCAAGCGAUCCUUCAUUGCCUCCACGCUCGACAUACGCUCCCGCGCACACCUCCAAUGAAACCCUAGCCCGUGUGCAAUUGGGCUCCACACACUUCUCUCCUCCUGAUCCACGAAGUCAAGCAGACCUUAGUUUGAGAGUUGACCAGCUAGCUCAGAGAAUGGACGACCAAAGCGAUCUGAUGAGGCAACUCCUCACCAAAUCAUCUUGGCUCAAAACCUUGGCCUUGGACAACUAG